AAUUGUUGCAGUGGCAUUGUUGUUUUGUCAAGAGUACGAUAACAAGUUCCCGCGGCCGGCGGGCUUGCUGCGUUGCAAGAGUUAGUGGCCAUGAAAUCGGUGAAUUUCAGGUAAGAGUUGCGUGAAUAGAAUCGUUUGUGACAUCAUUCAUUCUUCGUGUUAAUCUCGACACUCGCAAGCUACUCUGCAGCGUGUUUGAAAUAUUUGUGUACUGUUGUGAAGCUAUCUUGCCCGUUUAUCGACUGCUUGUUCCCCGCUGCAUAGUGGAUUUUACUUUAGAUUAUUGGUUUUCGGGUCUGGAGUGUGGUUAUUCAAACCAGAAAGUCACUGGUCUCCUCCUGUACCUGGCAUGGGCCUUGAGUUAUUGGAGCGCUAUCAGAUCUUAAACCUACAUCACUCAAAAGGAGUGAAUUUAAGCACUCAUAGCGAUGAAUGAGUUGAAAUGAUAUUAUGGGACCAGAUUAAUCUACUUAGGAGGUCGUUCGUCAUUGUCGCUGCAAACUCUAAGUUCCCGAAGGAGAAACAAUUUUCUCGUGAAAUUUGAAAUUAUGCGUAAAUUAUAGCACAUUAUAAAGAAGGAUUGUUCUUGUUAAUAAGAAACAGAUCCGAAAAGACCCUACUUUUGGGCAAAUGUAUCCCUUUCUUCCUUUCUCGUCUGUGCAAGUCGUGUCAUAGCAAAACUAAGUUUCAAACAUGGUUGAAUUAAAUUCACCAUCUCUUGUUUUUCUUUUCAAUGUUUCAAUAACUAAACGAUCAGAACUACCAACAGUAAGUUUUGAUAUGCACAUGUCACAUGGAGGACUCAUUUUAUGCAUAUCGUAAGCCCUGCUGGAGUCACGCCAACCAAAUUAUCAAUUAAAUUGAGUCUGUGGACGAAAAAUUCAUUAGUUGAAAUCUCUUCAGUAGUACUCUGAAUUGCUAAAUAGCUACUUGCUUUUACUACCCUUUAUACUGAAAUGAGGAUUUUCAAGGAUUUCAAUUUAUUUAUUGGCCACCUAAAUGGUAUAAAGAGUUAAUCCCUCAUCAAUCAACGAUAACUUAUUUAUUUAAUUUGUUUUAGUGACGUCCUCUUCCCGGGGGGAGGAGGGGGUAUUAUACCCCUGCAUCAGAGCUUUAUGUCAUAGUGAGGCACACACCGACCGAGAAUUCAUUGGAGUAACCUACCCCCCCCCCCCGCCCCCACAGGCCUUUGCUUUUUUAAACUCUCACAGGCAGGAAAUAAAAUGCAAAUUUCCGCAACCGGAAACCACAAAUUUGAUGUUACAAAAGAGGACCAAAAGAAAUAGUACCGCGGAGAAAGUGGUUCAUCGCUUGAUGCAGGCAAACUUGUGUUGUCCGCCGGGGAGUCCAGAGAAGCCUCUACGUUUUCUUUCACUUUCUCGGCAAAGAAUGGUUUUCCUUCACUGCGUUUUGUUCUGUAUUUCCCUAAUUUUCCGUCUAUAUGUGGAAACAAUACUAUACAAACAUCCGGUACUACGAAUCUAAACAAAUAGUGUAUGGAAAUGCUAAAGCUUUUUUUAAUUGCUUUUUGCUUUAAAAGAAAACAAAGCCAUUUGCCCUGUUAUGAAUACUGAAUACAAAAUAAGUCAUGUUAUUUACUCAUAUGAAAGGAGAUAAUCGUUUUUUAAUUCAUAGCUCAAUUAAACAAGUUUUUUUUAACACAUUUCCUUUAGUUUAGCAUGUAUCACGGAAAUAGGGGAUUUUUGUCCGAUUUUUUAGCGAAAAAUACCGCUACCCAUCCUUCCCGUGAGUCUGAAAUAUUGCUUUUUCCAAAGAAUACUUAAAUGUUCAAUACAACCUGGCCAUGUUUUCCACUGCGUUUUAAACCCGACCGAUAAGACGUUUUCCUUAUUAUGACCACUUGGUGAGAGAACAGUUUUGAUUCGUCUUGCCAUGCGCCACUUUAAUUCCGCAACAAAGCUGGUGCCCACAGCAUUCCCAUGUCUCAGUGCGUGAGACUAAAGGAAUGAUAUUGCCGCGCUCAACAGCAAAAUUUUUGACACCGUUUUUUAAAAAACUUCUUGAGGCCGAGUGAGUUUUAUUCAAUUAAGAGGCUAUCAGAUAAUCACGAUGUUUUGAAGGUGGACUCGCACUCCAGCGGGAGAAGGGGAGAGGGGGUACUGUUUAUACUUCUGCCGCCUCCGACUCUGGAACAGGUUAUAAAAACCACUGUUUCCCUUUGGAAGAGGGUAUUUUUUACUUCCGUUUAACUCUAGAGAACAGGGCUGUUUUGCUUUCCUCAAACCCUUGUUAUUCUCCAUCAAGUUCAAAUGCUUUACAAAGUAAAAACUUGAUGCAGGCAGAUUAUAAACAAAUGCGCGACAAUAAAAAUGUCUACCACUAUUUUUUGCUUAUUGUCCGGAACAGGGUCGGAAAGUCAUUUCUUUUUUGUCUUGAACAGGUCUAGCCUGCGUCGCAGACAUAAAAGGCUGAUUUAAUAACAGAACGGGAACGUCAGUUGACGACGGCGCGCGCAAAUCAAACAACUGGCUUGACCAAUGGCUGAGCGGCAAACUGGGCACCGGAGUUUAGUCCUUUACGCGCGCUUUGCCGUCGUCAAAUGACGUUCCCGUUCUGUUGAUAAAUCAGCCUAAUAACGACGACGGCAACGGCAACCGGUUAGUUACGGUUAGUAACGUCUGCGAAGCAGCGCCAAAAUCCUUGUUCCGGACCCCCGGACUCAACGAAUUACCGGAAGAGUUUCUUUUCAUCUUGAUUGACAAAUCGACAAUGGCAUUUUUAACGGGCCAGAACAAAGAUUUCGGCGCUGUUUUGCAGACCAACUUAACCAGAGUUUCGUUUCGUUUGAGGCGCAGGCUAGAACAGGACCAGAAUCCCACAGACUCACCCGCACACCCCCUUAGUAAAUAUGUGGGAGUACUCAUCGAGGACUCGUAUGAUUAAUAUUUGUGUUUUGACUUUUCUGAUUAAAAUAUAACUGUCUGAUUUCGUUAAAACGUGCCCACUAGGUUUUCGCCUGGCGCCGGGCACAGCCCGGUUCCAGGCCAGUCCGGUGUCCAAAAAAGUAGGGUGGCUUGCCGUCUUAGCCGGUACAGCUGGCUAGCCUAGGGACUGCCCUAACAGUGGGUGGGUGGAUCAGGCCUGGGGGUCAAACCUAGUGGGGUAGGGAGGGGGCUGUUUUGACACAACCCCUUCAGUAAGCAGCAGUGUUCAGUACAGGCUUUGACUGGUAAGUACCUUUGUUCUUAAUUUUCCCUAGCCAGCUGAAUCAGUCCUCUGCUUAGAAUGAUUAUCAUGAUAAUUGCAGAGCUCAGUGGGAGAUGCAGACAGUCACCCAUUAUCCUGGGUGGGGAGGGUCAAAGUCUUGGUACCAAAGACACACUUAGCGUAGGACCUGUAGACACUCACUGAAGCCAUGUUUUUAUAAAUUCAGUCAGAUCAGAUAUAUAUACUACCUUCUAAUUGAAAGCAUUUUGACGAGUGACAGAAUUGCUCUAUAUCUUCACUUUUCAGUUGCAGCGAAUUGAAGCAUUCAUAUGGUCCUUCCUGGUAAAACUACAAAUACAUACAAACUGCCUCUUCUACAAUGCUGUUUUGCUGGGCUGUAUUCCUAUUUUGUGCCACAACAGAAGGUAAUAAAUGUGGGAUGCGUAUGUUUUCAAUACCUUUCAAACUAUAAAAAGUUCUUUUUUCUUAAGAAAUGGCCAUGUGACUGUCCGUAGGACGUUUGCACUGCAAGUCAACGCACAUUGUGAUAUUCAUAUUGACACGUUUUAAAGACUCAUGCUAUGAACCCAGCCUUGCAAGUUAUAAUGAUUACAUCGUCAACAAAAAGUAUACUCUACCUUAAAGUGUCAAACAGUUAAAAUGAAUGACUUCGUGUAUAUCGACCUCGCCCCGGCUGUUCAAAUGUUGGAUAGCGCUAUCCACCGGGUAAAUCACUAUCCAGCGGAUAAGUAUUAGGGAAACUAAUUGCACUAUCCACUGGUUAGAGAUUUAUCCGGUGGAUAGCGCUAUCCACCGGAUAAAUCACUAUUGAGAGGAUAAGUAUUAGGGAAACUCAUUGCACUAUCCACUGGUUAGAGAUUUAUCCGGUGGAUAGCGCUAUCCAUCGGAUAAAUCACUAUUUAGAGGAUAAGUAUUAGGGAAACUCAUUGCACUAUCCACUGGUUAGAGAUUUAUCCGGUGGAUAGCGCUAUCCAUCGGAUAAAUCACUAUUGAGAAGAUAAGUAUUAGGGAAACUCAUUGCACUAUCCACUGGUUAGAGAUUUAUCCGGUGGAUAGCGCUAUCCAUCGGAUAAAUCACUAUCCAGAGGAUAAGUAUUAGGGAAACUCAUUGCGCUAUCCACUGGUUAGAGAUUUAUCCGGUGGAUAGCGCUAUCCAUCUUUUGAACAACCGAGGCCUGUUUAUUAACCGAAAGAAAUACCUUUUUUGACUUCACACCAUUGUGUUCUUUCAGCCGUGAACUUCAGCCUGAGGUUAGAAGGAGGCCCCGGUGGAUAUGCUGGGAGAGUAGAAGUCAAAUACAAUGGAACAUGGGGCUCGGUCUGUGAUGACGGCUUCAAUAUCAACGUGGGUCACGUGAUAUGCAGACAGCUUGGUUACCCAGAGGCCAUUGCCACCCCAUGUUGUAGCGCCUUUGGGGCCGGCAAAGGUCCUUUCUGGUUGGCUGCUGUAAAAUGCCAAGGAAACGAAAGUAGUUUGUUUGAUUGCGACUACGGGAAAUUGGGAGAUAAUAAUAACUGCCACCACUACCGUACUCUAGAUGAUGCAAGCGUUGUAUGCAGAGCACCUAACACAUCGAUCUGUAAGUAAUGUACCUGUUUGAAGCCCAUCACUCUAGAGCCUCGAUCACUUUAAUCAUUAGCCUGGGCCGUAGCCCAUUAGUCUUUCAAGCUAUAUUUAUAGAUUCUUUUCUUGCCGCCCCAAAAACUUUCAGCCCAUCAGAUAGAGCGAGUAUGAAUUCCAGCAAUGAACAUCAAUAGCAGAUGAUGAAGUGUAGACCCUUUCAUCGAAUAGUCGUUCAAAUUCAUCUCAGUCUAGUUCAGAAGAUCAUCAGAAUCUGGCGAAGGAAGCGAGUCCCGUUGUGAAGCACAUAGAAAACUCAGUAGCAGGGAAAGAAAUCUAAAACUAGGCUGCUGCUCACGUGACACUUACCAAUCCAGUGAAAAGUGUAAUGUGCAUGCUCUGAAUAGUAGAUUUCCAAUCUUUGAUUCGUUCUUCAAGUGUCUGACAAAGCCCAUUACUUAGCUGUCCAGCGCGAAAAGUAGCAUUGUAUCAUUCAAGUCCUGUUCACCAUCUUAUGGUGGUAGUGCUAGCGAAUCUCAUUCCAGGAUUAUUGUGAAUUUCGUGGUAGCAGACUCGUACCCAGUCGCUAUUUAAGUGUUUUCUGGGAUGAGGGAAGAUUGGGGAUUAGGUUGAGGCGCGCGGGGUCUCAUGUGUCGCUAUUUUUCCUUCUUCCCUUCCCAUGAGACCCUGCGCGCGCCUCAACCUAAUCCCCAAUCUUCUCUCAUCCCAGAAAACACUUAAAUAGCGACUGGGUACGAGUCUGUCGUGGUAGCUAAUUUUUCCUCUCUUUACCAGGAAAACGUUUAUUGUAGUACUUGAUGCUUGCUUUUUUUCUUCCUUCCUUCCUUUUUUUUUUUUAAUUUCACUGCCUGACAUAAUGUAUAGAAUUACAUAACUUGACUUUUCAUUUUCCCUGCUUGUGGUUUUAAAUUUUGUCUUGAAAGUUUAUUGCAACUAUAAUCUUGUUAUCUGACUUGAUCUUCUAAAGUCGUAAGCCUUCCAAAUUCGUUUUCAACCUCUCUCUGGUUAGAAUGCGUUUUACCAUUUUAUGGAGAUGUAAACUGAAGUCACCGCAAAAUGGGGACUUAAAAAAGACUGUAAUCCAUUUAUCUCGAAACAUAAUACACAUGACCAGGAGCCGACCUUUAUUUUCCUAAAGGCAUUUUGAAUACGAACGAAGACAGUAAAUGUGAGGGGCAAAAACAGUAUUAAUAUGAAUGAACCAAAGGGUUUUACUUAAUGUAAGGGUCAAUUAUUGUGCAUUGAGAUCUAUUGCUUGAAAAGAAAGAGUUCGUGCGGUGAUCAAAAGUAAACAAGGACACAUAGUGCGUUACUUUCAGUCUAUUUAAUAUCCAAGGACUGUGAAUAGUGUUUCCAUAUUGUUUAGUUGGCACAAAAACUUCGGAGGAGUUAUAAAGCGGCAUAGUUAUCUGCCAUGAAGAAAGUUAGUGGUGGGUGAGACAAACAGCGACCUCGAGCGAAUUUUUAACUAGUAUCGGUAUCAGGUAAAAAAUGUGAUAGCGAUCGUUUCAUCUAUUUACAUUGUUUAAAGUGCGUGCUGAUGAAAGCAACAUACGAGCGAGGAUUUUAUUCCUUUGGUCUAUUCCUUUAAGUAGGAGAAAAUUCCAAGAGAACAAUUUUAAAGCUGAAUAUUUUUUAUCUUGUUUAUAAAUGUUUUCUAACUCGAUUACGCUCCGUGCACCCCUUUAAAACUUCACGACAAACUGUUUUGUAGCGAUGAAGACAAGGUCCAUGCAUAACUGACUCAAUUCAACGGUUUUCUCGCAAAACCUUGCGCCCUUGCGCACAGAAAGUGGAUACUUGUCUUGUCCUUCAUUUAACCUUUUCUUCUUUUUAGGUUUAAGUCAAACCUUAUAACGCUUUCAUGCUGAAACAUAUGUUUCACAGGCCCCAUCUUUUUUCAUUUUUUAAGCUUAUACCCCACCGCUACGUCUAGCCUACACCCCAGUCCCUUAUGCUGGAUGCGUGCAGGUGAAAUUCGCGGGAGUCUGGGGCGACGUUGGGCAGUUUUACUGGAAUAGAAAAAAUAGCCGCGUUGUAUGCAGGGAGCUUGGAUAUCAAGAUGUAGUGACAGUUGUAUGGAGAUGUAGCGCCACUCUUAAAUCUAAUUACUAUACCGUUACGUGGAUGGAUAAUGUGCGUUGUUAUGGAAACGAAAGUUCCUUAACAAACUGUACUCACAGAUGGCAGACUUUCAGAGGCGCUUUGGGCAGAGACGCAGGAGUGUUUUGCACAAAUGGAACUGAAAAAGGUAUAAAUGAACCAAUUAUGAUAUAUUAAUCCUUAAAGCGUUACUAAACGUAUAGGUAGAUUUAGCAUAGCCUACGUGCCAGGCGUUCAAAAGGGAAGGGAAGGGAAUUUUGGGUCAAGACCGCGCGCGCGGGAGAAGGGAUUAGCGUCCUUGCAGGCGUUCACCUCUCUCCUUCCUUGCCCGCCGUUCGCACUUCUCAAGCGCCGCAAAUCGCCUUUCCCUUCCCUUUAGAACCCCUACCAUGCAGGCUAGAUUUAGCUAAAAGAAUGCAACAUGGCACGAGGAUUCCUGGACUUGUGAGCCCUUGCGCACAGAAAGUGGAUUUUGACCUUAUACUCAGGGACGUGAAUAAUGCACAUUUCGCUCAAUUAUAGGAAAAUAAGAUAAUUCUCAUAAAACGUCUUAUAAUUGUUACCGUCUAAAUAGUUAAGUAUAGCCAAGUAGAAUAGUGCUCAUAGUGAGCUUGGGCUACCUGUGGUUUUGCUUGAGUCUUUAUAUCAAUAAACUAAUGGAUUAACUUAAGCAUGCCCCUAUGGUGUCCGUAUUAACUGGUUCCUCAGUAUAAAGAGGAUCGUUUUCCAGUUUACCAGUGAAUUAUCAUCAGUUCAUUUAUCCUCUCAUGUACAGAUUUUCGUAUCCGCCUAAAGCCGGGUAACGUGACGUAUGCUGGACGGCUGGAAGUUUCUUUGGCGGAAACAUGGGGUGCAAUUGACCGAUACACUUGGAAAUUCCCGGAUGCUCAAGUGGCGUGUAGGCAGCUCGGAUUCACUGGAGCUUUUCUCGCGGUUCGAGGGGCCACUUAUAUUUUAAGCCCCAAAGGAAUCAAAGCAAUGGGGUUUCAAUGGCUUGAAAAUGUUAAGUGCCUCGGAAACGAAUCCAAGCUUAAUGAGUGCGUUCAUGAUGUUUCCUUCACUCCUGGGCCUGUUCUUGAAGCUGGCGUCAUUUGUAACUCAAGCGAUUUAGGUAAUUCAAUAUCUACGCAUUCAUCUGUCGUUUCAUGUGAGGCUCAUGUAAGAUAGUCAGGAUUCCGGAACCUGAUAAAAGUUUGCUUGUGGAAUCCAGAAUUCUGGGUGUUGGAAUCCGGGAUUCAGCUGAAGGAAUCCGGAAUCCCACCAACGAUUGGAAUCAGGAAUCCGAGUUCCACUGAGAAAGAAUCCGGAAUCCAGUUCCUGGAAUCCGGAAUCCACAGUGUGGAAUCCAGAAUUUCAAGACUGUCCUUCGAUUACCUUAGGCCCAAUUCAGACGCCGCUCCAGUCAUGGGCCGAACCUAACUGAUGAAUUAAGUACGGCUAAAGGGUAGCCUCUGAAUCAAUUUGGUACAGCAGUUUUAGUUUGGUGCGGCAAAAGCGUUAAGUUCGACAGAGUCUGUCGAACUUUUGUCGAAAUUAACUUAGGCUCGACACACGGUGCGUCAUCUGAAUCAUAUGUCGCUCUAGUGUCGCUCCAAAGUCGAUCUUAUUCAAUUAUGUUCGGGACAUGAAAAGUACAGCGUCUGAACCAGGCCUUACAUGGGGCGAUACAAAUCUCGUUAAUGUGUUCAUUACAAAUUUAAGAGAAUCAGUUUAAUAUAAAUAGGUAGAGUCGCCAACGGCCAGAUUUAGUACCACUUACAAAGUCAUUGGCCUCGCGUUGCUAAAAGUCUAGAUCUCUGACUUGAAGAGAGGAGGACUCAUAUGGGCUGAAUUUGUCAAGUUUGAUUGUGUUGUUUGGGAAAAUCGCUGAAAAAGCGUUGGUUACAGUCUGUUCCUACCUUGGAGAAUGAAUUUAUUUAUCUUUCUCAGUUGUUCUUCAAAGGUCAUUUUUUUAUUUCACCAACGAGUAUAUAAAGUUGAGUGGGCGCUGAACAAAGUUUUGUGGGUGUAAGCUCACCUCCGCCCUCAGGUCUACUCUAGGUCUAACCCUUACAAUUAGAAGUCGUCCCACGCAGGUGGCUUAGUUGAAAGCCGCAAAAGUCAACCUUAAUUACAUGGCAACAGAGCUAGCCUAGCAGAGAGGGCCAGCUCGGAUCAUGAAGUCUGUUCUUUAAGGAACAAUAGAACCAUUGCAUGAUGACGAUAUGUGACUACAACUGCCAGCAUUCAUUUCGGUUUUGCUUUACUAUUUAAAUUUGUCAAUCCCGCUGAGGAGUAAAGAACAAAAGCCUUAAUUCGCACAAGAAAACAACAAACUCAAAGAUUCUGGUAGUUGUAGUAAAAUGACGUCAUCGUGCAAUUGUUCUAUUUAUGACUUGCUUUUUUCUUGUCAUAGUAACGGAUAUGAGGCUUGCUGGUGGCAAUGUCUCAUAUGCUGGCCGCGUGGAAGUUCAAAUGGCAGGGAUCUGGGGUACAGUACGUAAUCGAGGGUGGAAUUUAACUGCCUCAAACGUGGUUUGCCGACAGCUAGGCUACCAAGGAGCUGAAGCCGCCAUAUUGAACUCCGUGGAGAGAUUUGGCAAGGGCGAAGGGCCUGUGUGGAUAUCGGGACUGAAAUGCGAAGGACAUGAAGAAUCACUAUUCAACUGCUCUUGGCCCAAAAUAGCCGGUAUUUACUGGGAUCACGAUAAUGAUGCUGGUGUCGAGUGUAAGUAUAGAACUAAAGCAAAUAAUUAGAGGAGCUUGCUUAGCAGCGAGACUCUAAAAAAGCAAGCGUUUUUUUUUUUCGUGUGUGCGCAAAUGCAAGCGUUUCUUUCUUUCUUCUUUUCUUUUCUUUCUUUUUUUCAUGGGUGCGCGCCAAAAGGGAAAUCACGGUCCUAGGCGUUCCUAGCGGAGACCGUGGAAACUGGGGAUAAGAUUCGCGACGUGACCGACAACAUAUUCUGGCUGUUGGAGCGGCAUGCAUGUCUGUGAAGAAAGCUUAGAAAGGAUUAGUGCGAAAGAUAUCGAACUUUUCCAGCACGGGUCGGUCCACGAAUUCUAUCGCUUGAAAGCGUUGAUUACUUUGGAACAAGUGAAUACUUCAGUGGUCGGAAAAAAUAAGAAUCUUACUGAGCAAGCCUUCGAUGGUGAGGCUAACUGGUCGGGUGUUGUAAAUUUUCAUUGUAUGCAAAUGGUUCUUGUGAUGAGCAUGCGGUUUGUUUUCUUCGAUGAUUUAAAUGACGCGCAAUGUUCAUCACGUUCCUGCUCUUUGGCAAUGAUGUAAUUUGUCUCCAAUCGAGGCCCUUGAUUGUCGUGUAAUUAUACACGCGUACUCAAUCUAUUCAGAAACAAACUUUUGAAUACGAUAAAAAGAGCAAAUAUCCUGAAGAAUACUCUACCGUCGAUAAGUAGGACAGGAAAGACUUUUAGCUUGGAAAUCCUGUUACUUAUAGAACUAAUCGCCUCCUUGUUUCUUAUCUAAUCUCCAAGCAAGCUCGACUUAUGGCUUUUAAGAGCGUUUUUGUUAAGUUUGUGUUUAAUUUUUACAACUAACGUACUUGACAGUCUUUCUCUGGAGCUAAUGAGAAUGAGGCGAGCGAAAGAACGAAAAAAGAAACGGAAUGGGGGAGGAUGGAACUGUGACGCAAAUAUUGAAGAACAGAUUCUAGGAAAAUGGCCGCCUCCCAGUACUUCCUAAACCUAACCAAACGUUCAAUUGUUCUUGUGGUCAUUCUUCACUCGUUCGCUUCGUUGAAUCAAUAGGGACCUUACGAUCCGACAACAGCGACGCCAAUGAAAACGUGGCUGAAAAAUUGACUUCGUGUCCUUUGAAACUACUAAAUCACCUGGUUACUUGAAAGUAAAAAGGUUAGGUUGGGACUGAAGAGAUGGGACCGCGUCCGUGUUCAGAGAGAGAGAGAAAGUAAAAAAUUUAACGUCUUACCGUUCCUUUUCUCAAGACAACUUAAAGUUUGGUCAUUUCACGUCGUAGUUGUGUAGGGACGGCAAAGAAAUGUACAAAAAAGCGUGAUGCACGUGCAAAGUUGUUGUUUUGCUCAUAAAACCUAUUGUUCUUAGACGUUCUCGUUGCCAUAGCCGUCGUAGCUUCGUAAGGUCCCUAAUGUGUACAAAGAUGUGCGGCAGCCUUUACUACACCUACACGCACGCUUGCAUGUAUACGUAGCUAUAAUCAGUUAGGAUAUCAUAAACAAUCUGUUUCUGGAAACCGAAUGUGGAGCCCAUGCCCGGAUUCAGUAAGCAUUUAGUGACUGGCCGCUCAGAAAACAAACGAAACAGACACUUCUUGAGACUUCUUGUUUCCCCUAGAGCGACUCAGAGAGCUUGCUCGUAGUCUACCGUAGGGCAAGUACUGAAGUAUUUUCUUGCCUCCCAAUUUAAAAAUAGAAAAAAUUAUGAAUAUUAGUCUUCAAGCCAUGACGACGAAAAAAGUGUCGUUGCUCAACUCGACUUGCAGAUAGACCUCCCAGGUUCUCAAAGUACACGACUCGAUCAAGUAAGCGUGAGAUUUGUUAACCCCUAAAUAGGGUAGUCCAGUAGCUCUUGCAGACCUGUAUUUUCAUUGGCUUCUAUAAGCAGUAGCUUCUUUUGUUUUACGGCUAGGCGCGUUAUUUCUGUAGUAUCAUUUCAUUUUUCAGCCACAGACCAUGUCUGAAGAGCUACUGACCUUCUGCUAAAUAGGGGAUCGUGAAGGUUUCUUCCAUGGCACGUGAUAUUUUCGUGUCCAGUAGGUUAACGCGUUUGAGUUGGGCGGUUUUACAAUGCAUUUUACUUCAAUAAAACUCUACCUAAAACUUUCAUUUUUAGGUAUUCCAAGUACUAUAAGCACAACUUUGAAAACAGGUGAGGUGUUGUUAAAACGUUGUUAAAGAGUUCUAUAGUUGCUCGUGCGACCUAAUUUCAAUUCCAGUCGGUUAGCGCGUUUGAGUUGGGCGGUUUUACAAUGCAUUUUACUUAAAUAAAGCUUUACCUUAAACUUUUCAUUUUUAGGUAUUCCAAGUACUAUAAGCACAACUUUGAAAACAGGUGAGGUGUUGUUAAAGACUUCUAGUUGCUAUUUUUAAUAUGUGCUACUUAUUAAAUUCAGCACUGUGUUAUUGUUCGUAACCUAUCUACUCUCUAGUCGCUAAUCCGCGCCAAAAUGUUUUGAUUAAAAAUGAUUAUUUCUUGCGGGUACUUAAGCAAGUUGUCUUUUUAGUUCUACCUUAUUGGCUAUCUUGAGGUCGCUUGGAAACUGUUUCGGCCGUCGUUGUUGAGUUGCACUAUGGACGUUCAUUGGACCGUUUUUUUCUGCUGAAAAGAUUAAUCUUCAUGCAUUUUAGUUCAAGAUACCUUGCCCAAUCUUUCAAAACUGAGAUCUCUUUCUUGUUUUUCCGAAGCCUUGUUAAUUACUAUUUAUACUAAGGUCGCAACACUUUCAAAACAUAUACCAUAUACUUUUGAAUUAUCAUACUUGGAGUUUAUUUUUGAUUUUUAUAGGUAUUCCAAGAAGCACCACUUCUGAAACAGGUAAAUGUUGUUUUGAGUUAAGACUCUUCGACUGCUCGUAUCAACCGGCGCGACUUGUACGUUAAUAGUUUCUCAACUGUUACCCGAAUGUUUUGCUAACAAAAAACUAUAUCUACACAAUUUAUUUCUUUCAGAAACUCCAAGUAGCACGACUUCUGAAACAAGUAAGUUGUCAUUCGAGGUUUAAGGUUACCGUACGUGUACUGGCCACUUUUACGAUUGUGGUCCAGUAAGGGACUUUCUUGUAAUAGGCUAAUUGGGAUGUGCCGCUGGAUGGGCUGGCAUUUUCACGACUGGAUUGACUAUAAUGGGGUUGAAUUUUCAAUAGAACUACUAGAACAGGGUAGCAACUUUCAGGAUUAUGGGGGAGCAAAAUUCUGGUAAGUAGGGAUUCUAAAAUGGGAAGAUUCUUGGUUAAAAUGUGACAUAAAGUGACUAAGUUUAGAUCGCGAAGAUUACGCUGAUUUGCCCAAAACUGACUUAGAUUAGGUCUAUAAUUGGCCACAAAAUAGAAUAGACAAUAAUAUUGAGGUAGUGGAUCCGAAAUGCCAGCGGCAAAAGUGUACUCAAGUAGACCCUCCCCUCCCCCCGGGGACUGAGGCAACUUGCACAAUGCAAGAACGUUUAUACUUCGAGUUUAAUUAUUUUUAAAAUUUGUUUUAGGCUUUCCAAGUAGUGCUACUUCUGCAGGAGGUAAGAUCUCGUUGCGCAUUUUUCUUGACUGGGUCCCAUUUUUUUAUCCUUCGUAGCGCAUAGAUCUUAAUUAUUAAUGAACAAUCUGUUAAUAUUAUUAUAAAUCUGCUCUUUGUUUGCAUGUGUCCUCUCAACAACGCCACCAAGUUGAAUUUAGUUUACCGCCGAAAGGGGCUAAUGUGCCCUUGGUGUCCGUUGGGAUCAAUUUAGGUCUCUAUGAAACUGCCCACCUACCCCUUCCCUAAGCCAUCAUUUUGCCCUAAGUGAGAACUAAGUGUUAUUAUUAUUCAUUUAAAAUAUUUCCCCAAUUCUGAUUGGCUAAAAGCACACGCAUAAUUCACCAUAACCAGUUACUGAUGACCAAAUUUGGAAGAAUUUUGAGUUUAACGAGGAAAUGACGUAAAAAAUGCAGCCUUUUACAGGUUAAUGCACCAUUAACCGAGAAGACCUGGGGACGAGAUUGAGUUGUUUUCGUUGUAAAAACUAAAAUGGCGGACACUUCACUCGUUUCAAGAGUAAGAAGUACAGCCGGGACUAGGCGAAACAAUGGCUAAAAACAUAGCAAAAACAGUAAGAAGACAACUCGGAGGGCGACAUCUGCUAUUUGGAGAAUAUUUGCGGAGCUGGACAAACAUAAACGUAAACUAUCGAAGAUAAACUUAACAUCGAUGCAGGUAAGCUUGCUUUAGCUAUGUUUUUAAACUAGGAAUUAUUUUGAAUGAACAACAAAUUAAAACAAUUAUUGAAUUCGGCUUUCGUAUCAUAUGAAGAAUUAUGGAGAUCUCGGAGGGUGUUAUAACACCCUCCUCGUAACUUAGGGGAGAGGUAGGUGGACAGUUUCCCAGAAACAAACCGGUUUCCACUGUAUAUCAGUGCCAGGGCUGAGUAUUUACCAAGCCUCUAAGGGCCUGGGCUUUGGCACGUUUUGCUUUCACGCAGGGCCGGGUUGUUCGAAGCUGGGUUAGUGCAAAAUUUGGACUUAAAUAUGAGAGCUUAUAAAACAAAUUCAGUUUAAUUCUCUCUGCCCACAAUUUGAUGAUUGGAUACUCUUAAAAGAAUAGAGAAAAUUAUCCGAGAGAGUGCUUUUGAUAAAAGGAAAACGAAACCCGGGUUAAAAUUUAGCCUUGCGUUAACGCUAGCCGGCGUUCGAACAACUGGGGCCUAUAGCUGAGCUUCAGAGGCUUGACUUCUAACAAUUAACCUCUCGCGCCGCCGUUUUACGUUACGUCUUUAGUAGAUACAAAAGUGCAAAAGAAAGAAUAUUUGAAAGGCUGUAUGGUAAUCAUGAAGCCCUUAAUCUCCCAGUUGUUAGAGAUAGUCUACGAGAUAGGGGGUGAUCACGCUGUUAUGAAAAGUGCCCUUUCUAUGUGGAGGGCGACGUCAGUUUCACGCAAACUGGCUUGUACUAUUCACUAGCUCGCUUGACUUCAUUUAGGGUGCGUUUCAUUAAGAUUAUCCAGGUCAGGAUCAGUGACUAGAGAUGACUCGGAUCAUAGCGUGUCAAAGAGCAAAGGACCUGACGAAUCCACCCUUUAUGGUCCGAGUGGUCUCUGAUCACUGAUCUUGAUCCAGAUCAUCCCAAUGGAACGCACCCUUAGUUUCGCCCCCGGAAGGAGGGCUGGGGGUGCACUGCUAUAUAUGGGAUAAAUAGGUUUGUGCCGCUGUGAUAGGGUAUAGGAAUCAAAAGGUUUGGGUCUAGAAUAUGGUAUCAUUUUCCAGGAAACUGAUCAGUUAGUUAAAGAUUUUAGUCUAGACUUGGGAAAUCGGGAAUUGACACUAAAAAAAAAUGGAAAUCGGAAAUCUAAAUUUACCCUCAGCUCAGUUUAACAGUAGAAAAGCGUCAACCCCAGUAGUUUAUGGAAAAUAGCGACUCCAGGAUAGCAAGAGAUUUUUUGGGGGGGAGUUUAGUCUAGUAGUAUAGGGUGGAAAAGUUCAGACGAACUAGGUCUCGUAUAAGCUAAGGGUUCUGGGGUCCUAGCAGCACAUUCCUACCCAAACAUUACUAAAGUACCCUCCGGGGUUAUCCCGCGAUCAUAAGCUAGUCAUGCUACAUUGCAGUCCAGCGGGCGUACGUAGCUACUUCAGAAAAUUUAAACCUUUGAACCUGGAUAAGACCUUCGUCUUCAACAUUGUUAUCAUCUCUUGCAUUUCAGGAAAACCCACUACGAACCUGGCCCUAGUGAUAGCACUUCCGAUCAUAGCGGCUAUCGCACUACUGAUAUUUAUAGUUGCAGUUUACGCCCGAUUUUGCCGAAAAAGGAGAGGAGAGUUUGACCCCAGAAAGGAUCUGGUGCACCUGGGUGAAGUGAGAUCCGUAUGUUGAAACCUUAUUAUUUACUAAGGAGCUAAAAAGGAAUAAAGUAUCUUGCGAUGAUAAGGAAACACAUCAACUCUAGAUCAACUGCCUUAAAACGAAAACUCUCAGUCUACUUUCAAUCUUUUUUGUGGCAGAAAAGAAUACGAAUGGGCGGGGUGCUUUUCAAGGUCAAAAAUAUACUACAGUGGAAGAUCUCGUGACGAGACACCCUUGGGACGCGAAAAAAGUGCCCGUAACUGGAGCUGACUGCUUACGGGAAUGUAAAAGUACAGUAGCCUGCAUAACAGGCGCCUUAUGAGCCAAGCGAGGCGAACGCGGCAUUUUAAUCGAACCGCGAGACGAGGGGAGGAGAAAAAUAAAGCACUUGCAGUUACCAGUCCAUAAGGAAAACAAAAGAAAUCUUUAAACUUAUUGCUUAAUAGGAAAGAUGUUCUUGGAUUGCUUCCAACUGGGUUUGGAAAAAUUCUGGUUUACUAAUUUUGAAAUUAAAUGUUGACAGGGCCAAACACAACUCCUGAGCUCGUGGUAAUGUGAAACGUGACCUUGGAAUUUGUUUAAACAACAUGUUUUCCCUCUAUUCUUUCUCGCCGCUAUGUUUGGACAUAAACUAAACUUUGACUCCGAGCAAAUCUCAUUUUUGCCCCUCGUAGUUGUUAUUACCUGUGGUUUAUGCCGCUGUCAGUGUAUCUGGUAGCCAGAAAAGUGAACAUUUUCGAGUAAUGGAUCGUGUUUUGAUUAGUCCUUUUGACAUCACAGCCGUCAGUAAAUAUUUGUGGGCGAAGGUGGGCGGAAGAGCCAGAACAAUGGACUGGUUACUGGCGCUUUAUUUUCUCUCCUCCACUCGUUUCGCGCGCGAAAUGCCGCGUUCGCCUCGCUUGCCUCAUUAAACGCCUGUUAUGCAGUCUAAAAUACAGAGUUCGUGUGGGAGUUGAGAAAAACGGGGUUUUGUGAAGGCGGCCUUUAGUAGAGUUGUCUGCUUACGAGAGUGUCCGUUAGGAGAACUUCCACUGUAACUACAAUUCUUGUUUUCCACCUGGUCAUUAAGUUAUUGUUUUCCUAUAAAAUUGCACUGUAUUGAGUGUGGUAAGCUAUGAUGACGGUUACCCAACUCUUCCCCCUCUCCCUUCCCACCCCAACAAAAAAUUAUCUUUUCUGUGUAGCGAGUAAUAGAGAAUAAAACGUUUUGCCUGUGUUCAGGAAUUUCCAUAUCAUUCAAAUGUGAAUGCCACAUUAUAAUGCAAAUACAAUACACAAAGAAUCUUAACUCCGGGAGAUUUGAAUUGGGUACAAUAUUGAGUUAGCCGAAUAGGUCUAUUCUGGAUUAAAGCGUAUGAGUUGUCAUGGGAACAAACCCCUACUCGCCCUCCCAAAAAUUCUGUCCAGGCUCUCGUUUCAACGUUCCUCUGCAAACCAUGAUUCGCGGUUUCUUUGCGGUAACGACAAUUACAACAGGGUUUUCUCAGUUCACAGAUGCUGGAGUGUCAAAUCCAGGGUUCAAGGAAAAUGAUGUCCCCUCCCCAGUCGCCUUGGAAUUUAAGGCCGAUAACGUGAUCGAUUGGUGCGAGAUUGCGAAGGAACGGUUGUCUCUCGGAGAGAGGAUUGAAAGCGAGAUGACUGGAGUCAGAUUUCGUGGACAGCUUUCUCUAGAGAAUGGAAAUACGACAGACUGUAUUGUGAAAACUACCGAAGGUAAUGGAUGUUUCUCACUACAACUCUUUCAUUCAGGAUUGCCAAGUCAAAAUUCACGAAAAUCUCGUGUUUCACUUUGUGACAUACUGAAAAACAAAUAAUACCAUACUACGAAAAAGGUCUCAUUUGAAUGGUUUCAUUUAAAAGCACUGUAAAAAGGGUUCAUAAUAGUCACACCGUAGGAUUUCAUCCACAGGCUCAAAAGCUAGAAUUACGUACUAAAUAAAUUAAGUACCAUGUGAAAGUACUGUUUAAGAUGAGAAAAAAAAAGAUGAAAAAAAAAGAGGUUUCAUUUGAAUGGUCACACCAUACCAUUUUGUCCAGUGACUCAUAAAGUCUUUACCACCUACUAAAUAGAUAGUACCAUGUGAAAGUACUGCUGAAGAGGUUUCAUUUGAAUGGUAACACCAUAGGAUUUCAUCCACAGACUCAGAAGUUAGAACUACAUACUAAAUAGAUAGUACCUUGUGAAGGUACUCCUGAAGAGGUUUCAUUUGAAUGGUAACACCAUAGGAUUUCAUCCACAGACUCAGAAGUUAGAACUACAUACUAAAUAGAUAGUACCAUGUGACAGUACUAGUGAAGAUUUUUCAUUGGAAUUGGGUGAAAUAGUGUUACAGCCACAGACUCAAAUGUUCGAACUGUGUACUAAAUAGGUAGUUACAAUCGUGCUAAGCAUUCGCUCACACUCAAUAAUGUUUCUUUUUCAGAUGUUGUCGAGAAGAAAUCUGGAUCAUAUGACCAUGAAAAUGAUUUAUUGACCGAGCUUAGAAUUAUGAGCUGCCUUGGUAGUCACCCCAACAUACUAAACUUGUUUGGUGCUUGCACCAUUAAGGGUAUGUAAAGUUCCCUGGGAGAAUACUUAUGGGCUACACGGGGAUGUGCCUCACACCGGCAGGGUACAAUUUAUUCCCCCUUUACUCUAGCCAGAAUAUAAACUUUUUCAUUCAUUUUUAGAACAUGGUCGGAAGCCUUCACUUAGUCGUUCGCGGUCAUUUAUAUGCUGGGUCCAGAAGGCUUUUUUCUAGCUUGCGGCGGGAUGCUUCGGUGAAGGCCGAAGAGACAGAAAGCGGAAAACCACGCACAUGGAAGGUCCCUGGCAACCAAGAUAGUUUAAUUGUACUUCACUGGGCAAAUUUUGUCUAGAGGCCUGAGUAGUAGAACCGCCAUGUGCAACCUCCUCUCGUAAGCGACCAAAACACCAAAAUUUUUCCAGUCAAAGCUCUAUGGUUGGAACCUCUCGUGAGUGAAUGCGAUCACUUUUUAGGAUGAAGGCUUAAGAAUUUCGCCGAUCGAUUGUUUUAAACCUCUUCUAAACGACAACUGAUACAAUGAUCCUGCUCUUUGUGUCCGCUGUAUGUAGUUCGCCAUUCAAAGUAUGAGAAGAACUUUUAGAAACAGGUGGAUUUACAUAUAUUUUAACCUAAGAAUUGUACACUAUACAGUCAAAAAGUAGAUGUGCCCGGGCUUCUAGUAAAAGACCUAAUACAGUUCGACUCUCUUAAUAAGCGACCACCUGAUGUAAGCGACCACUAAAUUGUUGCAUUUUGGUUGGUCGCUCUCGGGAGGCUCGACUGUAUUUAGAGCUGAUCGAACUCCAUUCAAUAUUUUAAUGUGCGGUGAAUGCAUCAUCAUCAUCAUCAUUAUCAUUAUCGUCAUCAUCAUCAUCAUCAUCAUCAUCAUCAUCAAAAUGAAUGAUAUUGAACUCUAGUUCCGUUUAUCUUACGCAGGUCCUACUUAUCUCGUAUUUGAAGAUGCAGAGCAUGCAACUCUUUUGAAUUUUCUUCAGCAAAACAGUAAGAAAAAUACGGACAGCUCUACAGGAACAGAGUGUACAUUAACCAAUGUGGAGAAACUUAGAAUAGCUCUUGAUGUGGUGAAAGGAAUGAGACAUUUAGCAGAAAGGAAGGUCAGUUGGGGAUACGGGGAAGGGGAGAAAGUCAUGUCUAACAGUUUGUAAAUAUUAUCUGGAUUCUGAACUAAACUGGACUGGACUGUACUCUGGAUUGGACUGGACUACGAGAUAGUCGACAGCCUGGAGGGUUGGGGGGAGGGGGAGGGGGGAUUGUUGUUGUUGGUAGGGGGGUUGCAAAGACUAGCAAUGGAGGUACCGUUUGGUCGGCCAAACCUCGACUUUGUUUAACUCCGGUCACCACUGAGAGGAUUGAAAUUCGUCGGGUAAAAGAAGAGGGAAACCUCCCGCCCCCCAUAGAAAUUGUUUCAGUGUUGCAAUUGGUGGAAUCACUAAAUAACGUAAUAAAAUAGAUUGAAUAUUACUCAACAGCACCCACACCAAAACGCAUGCGCUAUACCUAAUCAAGAGUAGUCCGCGCGACAUAGAAAACGUCCGCCUUGUCAUAGGUUCCCCUCUUUUUCCCUCCACUCUCCUUUUAACACAUAGUGUACGACACAUGCCGCACUGACAAUAAAUAGAGACCCAUUGUUUACUGACAUUGAACCUAACUCCUUUACGGAGGCUCGAUGAGGCUGAGUGGUAUGGCUGCUGGGCGAAGUAAACGCAGGCGCAAAAGUCGAAAGAUGCCUGUUGCCUUACUCAGCGGAUUGUCCGCUCACGUUCAAACCCUGUGCCUUCUACUAUUAAUUAUUAUAAGUGACAAUAGAGUCAUUUAUACGAGGAAAAAUAAGCCGCGUCUUACAUAGAACGCGUCUUAAAUAAGACGCGAACUUUCCGUAUAAACAGCACAUUUCGUCUAAAAUAAGGUACGGCUUAGCUAAGACGCGUCUUAUUUUAGAACAGCCCUUAACACCUGUUCUUAGAUAAGACGCGUCUUAGCUAAGACGAGAAAAACUUCGUAUAAAUGGCAUUCGCGUCAUAUAUAAGACGAGAACGCAUAGUACGCAUGCGUUACUUUUUGGCGCGCCACGUUGGAUUGCCGUUGCUACGGGCAACAUUCACAUAAAAACGAGUCAAGAACAGAAAUAAGACGCGAACCAUUUAUACGAGCUGUUCUCGUCUUAAAUAAGACAUGCUCGUAUAAAUGGUACAGUUGGCGUCUUGUGUAAGACGCGUCUUAUUUUUCCUCGUAUAAAUGGCCCUAAUAUUGUCUUUACUAUCAAAAACCUAGAAGUCGUAAGUCCUGUCCAGAUGGGGUCGAAAAACUUGUAACGAUCUCUCAUCUGACACCUAUCUGGGACUUUUCAUAGACUUACAAUCAGGGGCACCCAACGAGAAUAUAGUUCAAAACCACUUACACAUAGCAUUGUUAAACGUAUUUUAGUAUUUAAACGGUAGAUGUAGGCAUAUUUUUAUCUCCUAAAAAUUUUUCAUCUGUUCAGAUUUCCUAGCUGAAAGUCUAGGGAUCCGAAAAUUAUAGGGAUCAAAACUUACCUUUUCAAAAAUUCCAGUCAGAAAAAAGGUUCCCGAAAAUUCUAGGUGACCUUUCUAGGGUAAAAAUUCCGUUAAAAAUAGGCAAUUAGACCAUUUUUUUAGAUGUUCGAAAAUCCUAGGAGAGGCAGGCGAGCAAGAAAUUUUACAACAAAUAUUCCGAAAAUUCUACAUCUCAAAUCGUCUUCCGAACAGAUGUUUUCCGAAAAUUGUCGUUGGGUGCCCUUGUUACAAUAGCCUCCCAAAAUUCCUGCUUCCGUUGUUUUACUGGUGCAGUAGAGUUUAUUACUUCUUCACUUUCCAUCAAAUGUCCUUCGCAGUGUGUUCAUAAGGAUCUUUCAGCACGCAGUGUUUGUUUGGACAAAAGUAGGGUCGCCAAGAUAACAAACAUAGGAAGCACAGGUCACAUCAAUGACGGGACAUUUUAUGAAGACAUCUCAUCGGUAAGUCUCAAAUGUUGAGGUUCAUUUGAUGAUAUUAUUUAUGAUAACAAUUGAUAAUAGCCCAUUUUACAGUUCCAGGUGGAAACGAGGCUGGAGUUGACCUUGUUUUCAUACAACCCUUCCUGCUUUUUGUGUAAAUCAUGUUGUUCUUAUGCUAAAUAGUAUUUAAAGGAUUAUUUACAUAACUAAAAGAAGGAGGUUUGUAUCAAAACAAGGUCAAUCUCAAGCCUCACUUUCACUCAUAGGCUGGGAUACUAAGCUCACAACUAUAAACUGGUCCAUUAAAUGAUGGCAAAACAAAAGAUGAUGUUAAUGACGGUGCUGCCAGUCCAACGCUAGUGAUAGUUGAAGGGGGCUAUUUUUUAAGUGCGUUUACGAUAAUUAUGACGGUGCCUAAGCCGAUAAUAGCGUUGGUAAUAAUGCUAGCACAAUGGUAUCGAUCAAAAAUGAGGAUGACUGAGCUUGCCGCAUACAAAUAAAGGUGUCUGUAUUUGUCUGUCAUUGUCUUGUAGGGAAAAUUGUCAGCAGCAAAGUGGAUGGCACCAGAAACGUUAGAAUCUAUGAUUUUCUCAUCACAGAGCGAUAUGUAAGUAUAAAUAUAUUCUGCGAAGACUUACCAACACUUGUAAUGAGUAUAAAAGCUUGAGAGUAGAAUUUGUCGAAAUAAGCCACGUAUUGCUAAGAGUUUUCAGCUGUUUAUUCAAAUUCCGCAAAGGGGAAGCCAAUGUGCUAACUGGCCAAUCACAAUAUCGGCCGACAGCAAAAAAUUCAGCGAGCCAAUCACGUCUAGAAGCUGUAACCGGCUUCAAAGAAGCGCGGGAAACUUUUACAUGUAGCCUGCGUCACUGAAGCGCGGGAAAACGCGAGUAAGCAAAAGCUAUGAUCGGUUUUGGAAAGGUUUUGGUGUUGCUUCUGAUUGGUUAAGAAAGUGGUGCGAAAUUGUUCAGCCAAUCACAAAACGCAGAAAUAAAAAAUCCGAGCAAAUGUAAAAUUAAUUUCGACACUCACGUUGACCACUCUCUGAAACAGUGAAUAAUAGAAAUAAUGGGCUUUUUGAAUAAAAAUGAUAACUGAGCAAGACAAGGUGAAGUGUGUGUGAGCUGCGUGACAAACUUACAUUGAUUUUUUUUGCAUGAAGUCUAUUUCAAGAUACGCAAUCUUUUAUUUUAUUUUAGCUGGUCAUUUGGCGUUUUGCUGUGGGAGAUAGAAACAGGAGGUAAGCCAAGCAUUACAAGUGUUUCAUCCGAUUACAUAUUUUUCAUCCGAUAUAAAUCAGUCGUAUCAGUUUUAGGAAAACUGUGUAUGCAUUUGAUACUGCUUGACUGUUGUCUUGUAGGAGCAGUUCCUUAUCCUGAGAUUGAGACAGUAGAUCUCUUACAAAGCCUUAAGUCCGGCUACAGAAUGAAGAAACCCAAUGGGUGCUCAGAUGUCAUGUAAGUGACCUCACACUUGUCUCUUGGGCACUUCAAUAGUGUUAAAGUCAUAAGAGUGACCAACAUCAAUUGUCUCCUAACAACAUCAGUGCAUCAUCAAAAGACAAGGUUUUGAGAAAGAAUAAAAUGAUGAUCCUCAAAGGAAAAAUGCUUUCAUUGAUUUUUUUUUUAGCAAUUUCUUUUAACUAAUUCUUUAUGGAAAUGUGCUGGAGGUCAUCAGGAGAAUUUGUGUGUGGGUAUAAAAUCUCUUUAAGGGUUGAGAAUCGGAAGACGUCAGAACAACUCGGAGUAGACUGCUUUUUUGGACUCUCAGCUGUUAAUUGUUUAACCUUCCUUUCGGAGGAGCUCUGCAAAUAUAAUAACUUCCCAAGCAGGCGUUUUAAGGGGAGCUCGUUUGUGGGGAGGGAUAAAAAACGAUACCAGUGAUUUCCAAAUUUCAAAUAGAAGUUUCUGUCUUAUGGAGACUCAAGAAACACUGAUAGCAGUAACCGAGUGAAUCAUUACUCACCUCAGCUAACUUCAAGAAGAGAUAAAGUUACUACCUCAAAUCAUUUAAUGGUUAUCUUGUCUUAUAUCUAUUUUUUCAACAGCUAUGAAGUAAUGACCAAAUGUUGGCAGGGUAAUCCCAGCGAGCGACCCAAGUUUAGUGAGCUGUGUAUGGUGCUCGACACACUUGUUACCAGAGAAACGUCUUGCUAAUAUAUAAACUACCUUCAACAUGGACAAUAGAACACUGGCGAUAACUCCCGGUGCAACUCGACUGCUAUAAAUUAACGCUUUAAUUUGAAAUAAGCCGAGAAGCUCAACAAAUGUAUUCCACUAAAUAAGCAGGAUUUCAUAUAGAAUUUCUAAAAAUUGUAAACAUAUAUAUAGCGCUCGUUCGUCAAUAACUUGUUCUGUCGAUAAUGGACUC